UGAAGAUGGCGGCGCAGCCGCCGCGUCGCUCCCAGCACCAUCACCACCAUCACACGCCGCCGACGCCGCCCGGGCCUGCCUCGCCGCCGGCCGCCGCCUCGCCGCCGCGCAGCCCCAGCCUGGCACCGGCCGAUCUCGCUCCCGCCGCGCAGCGCCACAGCCUGGCCGGCCCCGAAGGCGAAGCUCCCCCCGAGGCGGAGCGGCCUCCGGCCCCGGAGUGCUCGGAGGGUUCGGUCGCCGCCGCCCCGGCCCUGCCGCCGGGCUCUGGCAGCAGCUCCAGCAGUUCCUCCUCGUCCUCCUCCUCCUCUGCGUCGUCGUCGGUCGCGUCGAGCCCGGCGGCGGAGAGUCCCGAUGCGGCGGGCCCCGGCGCGGCGAGCGGGGCCUUCCGCGAGCUGCUGGAGGCCUGCCGCAAUGGGGACGUGACGCGCGUCAAGCGCCUGGUGGACACGGGCAACGUGAACGCCAAGGACAUGGCGGGCCGCAAGUCCACGCCGCUCCACUUCGCCGCCGGCUUUGGGAGGAAGGAUGUUGUAGAGCACUUGCUACAGACCGGAGCCAACGUUCAUGCUCGUGAUGACGGGGGGCUGAUACCUCUUCACAACGCCUGCUCCUUUGGUCAUGCUGAAGUGGUUAGCCUGUUACUGUGUCAAGGUGCAGACCCAAAUGCUAGAGACAAUUGGAACUACACUCCUUUGCAUGAAGCUGCUAUCAAGGGGAAGAUAGAUGUGUGUAUUGUGCUGCUGCAGCACGGAGCUGAUCCAAACAUUCGGAACACCGAUGGGAAAUCUGCGCUGGAUCUGGCAGACCCUUCAGCAAAAGCUGUUCUCACAGGUGAAUACAAGAAGGACGAACUCCUGGAAGCUGCUAGGAGUGGUAAUGAAGAAAAACUGAUGGCAUUAUUGACUCCUUUAAAUGUGAACUGCCAUGCAAGUGAUGGGCGUAAGUCCACUCCUUUACACCUAGCAGCAGGCUACAACCGGGUUCGAAUAGUCCAGCUUCUGCUUCAGCAUGGUGCAGAUGUUCAUGCAAAGGAUAAAGGUGGUCUCGUGCCUCUUCAUAAUGCAUGUUCAUAUGGACACUAUGAGGUUACAGAGUUGCUGCUUAAGCACGGUGCCUGUGUGAAUGCCAUGGACCUCUGGCAGUUCACCCCCUUGCACGAGGCUGCUUCGAAGAACCGCGUGGAGGUUUGCUCGCUCCUGCUCAGCCACGGCGCCGACCCCACCUUAGUCAACUGCCAUGGCAAGAGUGCUGUCGAUAUGGCUCCCACGCCUGAGCUGAGGGAGAGGCUGACCUAUGAAUUCAAAGGACACUCUUUACUGCAAGCAGCCAGAGAGGCAGACCUGGCCAAAGUGAAAAAGACACUUGCUUUGGAAAUCAUUAAUUUCAAGCAGCCACAGUCACAUGAGACUGCACUGCACUGUGCAGUCGCCGCUGUGCAUCCCAAAAGGAAGCAAGUUACAGAACUAUUGCUCAGGAAAGGAGCAAAUGUUAAUGAGAAAAACAAAGAUUUCAUGACACCUUUGCAUGUUGCAGCUGAAAAAGCUCAUAAUGAUGUCAUGGAAGUUCUGCAUAAGCAUGGAGCAAAGAUGAAUGCACUGGACACACUUGGUCAAACAGCACUGCACAGAGCUGCAUUAGCGGGUCACUUGCAAACCUGCCGGCUCUUGCUGAAUUACGGCUCUGAUCCCUCCAUCAUCUCCUUGCAAGGCUUCACAGCAGCACAGAUGGGAAAUGAAGCAGUGCAACAGAUUCUAAGUGAAAGUACACCUGUGCGUACAUCUGAUGUGGAUUAUCGGUUAUUAGAAGCAUCCAAAGCUGGAGACUUGGAAACUGUGAAGCAACUUUGCAGCCCUCAGAAUGUGAACUGUAGAGAUCUGGAAGGCCGUCAUUCAACGCCACUGCACUUUGCUGCAGGGUAUAACCGCGUGUCAGUGGUGGAGUAUCUCUUGCACCAUGGGGCAGAUGUGCAUGCCAAAGAUAAAGGUGGCUUGGUGCCCCUGCACAAUGCCUGUUCUUAUGGACACUACGAAGUGGCUGAGCUCUUAGUGAGGCACGGUGCUUCUGUCAACGUGGCAGACCUGUGGAAAUUCACUCCUCUACAUGAAGCAGCAGCAAAAGGAAAAUACGAAAUCUGCAAGUUGCUUUUAAAACAUGGAGCUGAUCCAACAAAGAAGAAUCGAGAUGGGAACACUCCUCUGGAUUUGGUGAAAGAAGGAGACACAGAUAUCCAGGACUUACUGAGAGGAGAUGCUGCCUUGCUUGAUGCUGCCAAGAAGGGGUGCCUGGCACGUGUGCAGAAGUUAUGUACUCAAGAAAAUAUCAAUUGCAGAGACACCCAAGGGAGAAAUUCAACACCACUACAUCUUGCAGCUGGUUACAACAAUUUGGAAGUAGCUGAAUACCUUCUUGAGCAUGGUGCUGAUGUUAAUGCCCAGGACAAAGGAGGAUUAAUCCCCCUGCACAAUGCAGCAUCCUAUGGGCACGUGGACAUAGCAGCAUUGUUGAUCAAGUACAAUACAUGUGUAAAUGCAACAGAUAAAUGGGCUUUCACACCAUUGCAUGAAGCUGCACAAAAAGGAAGGACACAACUCUGUGCUCUGCUGUUAGCUCAUGGAGCAGAUCCAACCAUGAAGAAUCAAGAGGGCCAGACACCUCUAGACCUGGCAACAGCUGAUGAUAUCCGAGCGUUGCUGAUAGAUGCGAUGCCUCCAGAAGCUUUGCCCACGUGCUUUAAGCCUCAAGCCACUGUUGUUAGUGCCUCCCUCAUCUCACCAGCAUCUACACCAUCCUGCCUCUCUGCUGCCAGCAGUAUAGAUAACCUCACUGGGCCACUGGCAGAACUAGCUGUAGGAGGGGCAUCAAAUGCUGGUGAUGGAGCUGCAGGAACUGAGAGGAAGGAAGGAGAAGUUUCUGGUCUUGACAUGAACAUAACCCAGUUCCUAAAAAGCCUAGGUCUUGAACACCUUCGGGACAUAUUUGAGACAGAACAGAUAACCCUGGAUGUGUUGGCAGACAUGGGGCAUGAGGAGCUUAAAGAAAUUGGGAUCAAUGCAUAUGGACACCGCCAUAAAUUAAUAAAAGGUGUAGAGAGACUUCUGGGAGGACAGCAAGGCACCAAUCCUUAUUUGACUUUCCACUGCGUGAGCCAGGGGACCAUUCUCCUUGAUCUUGCUCCUGAUGAUAAGGAGUAUCAGUCCGUGGAAGAGGAGAUGCAGAGUACGAUCCGGGAGCAUCGGGAUGGUGGAAAUGCUGGUGGGAUCUUCAACAGGUACAAUGUCAUCAGGAUUCAAAAGGUUGUGAACAAGAAGUUGAGGGAGAGAUUCUGUCACAGGCAGAAGGAGGUGUCUGAGGAGAAUCAUAACCAUCACAACGAGCGCAUGUUGUUCCAUGGGUCUCCUUUUAUUAAUGCUAUAAUUCACAAAGGAUUUGAUGAGAGGCAUGCAUACAUUGGAGGAAUGUUUGGAGCUGGAAUUUACUUUGCUGAGAACUCCUCAAAAAGUAACCAAUACGUGUAUGGCAUAGGGGGAGGAACAGGCUGUCCCACACACAAAGACAGGUCCUGUUACAUCUGCCACAGACAAAUGCUCUUUUGUAGAGUGACCCUUGGAAAAUCCUUUCUUCAGUUCAGCACAAUGAAAAUGGCUCAUGCCCCUCCAGGGCACCAUUCUGUUAUUGGCCGGCCAAGCGUGAAUGGACUUGCAUAUGCUGAAUAUGUUAUCUACAGAGGAGAACAGGCAUACCCGGAAUAUCUCAUCACAUACCAGAUUGUGAAACCAGAAGCUCCCUCACAGACAGCGACAGCAGCAGAGCAAAAGACCUAGUAGCUACAGAGCAGUAAAGGACAUGACUUCAAUCUGGGACUUGAUGGAUACGUGUUUCAGAAAAUCAGUAUCAUAUAAAAUUCUUAACAACCUGGAAAUAAGCUGUAUGUCUUUUAUGAAGCAUUGCUGUCUUGAUGGAUACAAUAUGAGUAACUCUUGCAUACUCAACUGCUACUGUUCCUUUUGAGGAAAGUUUACAAGGGACUGCCUUUUAAUAACAUGUCUCAGGCUCCUAGUCUCUGCAGUUACCACGUGUAAAAUAAUAUUGUUUUGAUCUAGACUUUGGGAACAUUGUGCAAAUGGAAAUCUUUAUCAUUGCCAUCUCACAUGUUAAAAUUUCAGACACUACUAUUCUAGUUAUUUAAUUUGCAGAUAAAUUGCAUUAAGCCCAUAAUUUUCUUUUCACUAUACACCAUUCAGUUUGUGAUUUCAAGAGAUCCUAGUCAACUAUUUAUUUUCCUUUUGUAUUCUGAAGUUGAGCCAGAACCUUCUUAAAGAUAUUUUGCACAAAGUCGAUUUGACUAAAAUCGUUAACAAUGCAAUAUUAAUCUUGCCUGAGAUGGGGCUAGGUUCAGUUCUUCAAUAUAGGGUAUUUUGGGUGCACUUCUGGGCAAAUGAUUACAUGAGUUGAGUGUCACUUCAGAGUGGAAACAAACCGUGUCAGUUUGCUGCUUUGUCCCUGUGAGUUUUCUGGGGGAAGUGCUUGGAAACGUUCAGAAGGGUAAAACCAGUUCUUGUGCUUGGAAGGUCAAUGCCCUCUGCUGGCAUCUUUAAAGGAACAUUUUAUAAGGCUCAUGUUAUGUACAUGCAGUUUGUGAAAUGUUCUCCAGUUACAGUGGCAAAUGGUUUUGCUGGGAGAUGGGUGACAGGCAGAAGAUUGCAUACAAGAAGAUGUGCCUGGUUCAUGUCCCUCUGUAAUGUGAGACCCAGGAAAUGGGUUUCAAACCUAUGAGGGUGGACUAUAAGAGUUUGAUGUCACAUCUUUGUGUGUGACAACACACUUGAAGAGCUUAAGGGAUUAACAAAAAUAAUAUUUUUUUUAAAUAUUGAUUUUACAUUUUGAUGAGAACAAACUUUUAAAACUUCAGUUGGCAAGCAGGUUUGUUUGCAGGUAUACUGGAGAAAAAACUAUGAAUUACUCACUCUAAUCCCCUUCCCCAUAGGUUUCAAGGUUCAUUUCUCUGGGUAGGAGAAAGGUACUUUUGAGCAUUGUGUAGCACUGCAUCAGACAAUUUCAAAAGUCCCCUUUGAGGAGGAUAUGCAUUUAAGAAAAAGAGAAACCAGAUUUUUUGUGGGUUUUUUUUACAACUUCAGAGAAGGUUGAAAAUUGAACCUUGUUAUUUUUUUUCUGAACUAUGAAUACCAGGAGAUGUGCUUCAGUGCUGAAGUGUGUAACAACUGGAGAAGAAAAUGUUUCUUUGAACACAAUGCACUGUACAUUUCCCUAUCCAGCAGCACUGUUUAGUAUCAGAGUUCAUGUGUUCAGGUUUUAUCCCUCAUAAAGCAAGGGAACAAGAGAAUAGCAUGCUUUUAGUUUACUAAAAUACAUGUGCUCCUCUGAAAUGGGAGUUUGGAUAAAACAAACUGCAAACUAAAGAGCUUUUUACUUUCAGCAUUAAGGCACAAAAUUUUCAUUUUCAACAUCAAGACAUUAAUGUUGAAGCAAGUUAUCCUCACAGAGGAACUUCACCCACUGUAAAAUCAGUCAUUUGGUGCAAUCUGGCUACCUGCACAUCAUCUGUUUGUAAUAUCUCUAAAGAAAACUGAGAAAUAGCAAUACUCCAACAGAUCUUGAACUUUGGGUUUUACUUUUCUUGACCUGGCAGUGGUUAUAUGGUUCUCACUUCAUUUUGUGAACAUAUUAAAUAUGUAGCUUCAGAGUCCAAGCCAGGCUCUAGCCUAGUUGUCCUUUUAAUCAGAUUUCAUUGAUAAAAAUUGGGUGCUUGUAUUUUGGCUACUUGUUUAAUAGUGUUAGAAUUGCAAAGAUCACCACUAGGCUUUGGAGAUUUGUACUCAUCAUUUAAGUUUGGGGUUUGUUUUUAACUUAGUUAAUAUCAGAGUGGGGGAUGUGUUUAUCUACACUAGGGUUUCAGAUAGCAGUGAGAGUGAGUGUUGCUCACCAUCCCCAGUUAGACAUAGUUUUAAAUGGUAAAACAGUUGUGCUGCUUAGGUGAGCAAAAUGGUUAAUGUGGGUGUGGAAGUUAAAAGCUUUACAUUAAAAAAAAACAAAACAGGAACAACCCUAACAACAAAGCCCCUACCAAGCCUGCACCAGAUUCUGUUCUUGCUUGUUGUUUCCUGUGUGCUGAUUGAACUAAUGGCUAGUCUGGAUUUCUUCUGCAGCCAUGAACUUCUAGAGGAUAAAAAUACUGUCCAGUAUCUUUGAACUGCCAGUGUUAAUGUAUCUGAUGUCCUGUGCAGAGUAAAGGUGCUGUGUGAGGAAAUAAUUUUGCAGUGGUUUUUGUCUCGUAAUGACAUGAGCUCAUAUGUUUGUGGUCAGACACAGAGGAGUCCCCAGGCCUGAUGAUGAUGUGUAAUAGCAACACAUGCAGGAGCAGUUUCUGCCUCUCCUGUUGUAUGUUGUAGCUCCUCUUAGAGUUGAAAACAAAGUGAGGAUCUGCCCAUCAAUAAUGAAACACCUGUGACCAAGCUGGUCAUGGUUUGGGGGUUGUUACCGUACAGGUGCUGAAGCUUUAGGUGAGGGUGUUAUCUUGAUGCCUCCUAAUUCUAGACAAUGGGACCUUAAAAGUGGCAUUGACCCCAUAACCAGGCAGCUGCUGCCUCCUUAGAAAUGAAGAUGGGUUUUGACUCCCUGAGAAGGGCAGUCCCCUGAUCAUGGGAUGCUCUUUUGCAGCAUUGGGUCACCAGUGGAGGCACAGCAGGAACUAAGAACAAACACCGGGCUAAGCCAUCUCAAAGGCUUGGGAGCCUGGGCACCUCUCACUGGCUCCAAAAAGAGAUGUUCCCACUGGGACAGCAUAUGGUGUCUCCUGGAGAAACAGUUUUCUCAUCCAUAUCUGUCCUUAUCCCUCUGAGGCAGCAUUUUGAAAUGCCUGUGCAGUUUGCAGCGGGACCUUAAUAGGCAAAACAGAAGAAAACUUCACCACAUAACAAAGAAGGGAGGGUUCUGCUCUCCCUUGCUGACAUUGUUUCUGUGAGACAGAUGAAUUAGGUACCUGGUGCAGAGUGACAUGGCAGUCUGAAUGCUGUCAACAAAACUUGUUAAAGCAGAGAGUACAGUACCUUAAUAAGGUGUAACUUAUUUCCUCCUCCUGAUUUUUAUCUGCCAAUCUGUUUUGAUCCCAGCUCCACAGAGACUGUUACAAGCUUCUUGUACCACUUCCACCAUUUUGCAGUCACUGUUCUUCUGUAGUCUGAGGAAUGAGCAAUAUGGUUUUCUGACCUUUGUUUUGAAUGUUUGCAUGUGGUGCAAUUGAAUCCCACUGCAUUACGCAGCAGGAGUUUAAUUUGCCUGCAAACUUCUAUACUUUGCUGGUUGAUAACAAAAUCCCCCAAAGCAGAAUUCUACACUGAAGCAAAAAAAUAAAAAGGCAGCCAAAUGUUUUGCACUUUGAUGGGCAGCAGAGUGGCUUCUGGAGAAAGCAGUUGAUCCUACUGUUUGUUAUGGGUUAGAAGAGAUGCCUGCUCCCCGUGAACACAUGAAGUGCUGAGGGAUGCUAACGUGCCAUGGCAAAUCUCAGACAAGACUGCAGUGAAGUCAGAGCUCCUGCACAGUGCAGGCACUACCUAGAACUUCCACAUGGGACUGGUAACAGAAAUUAUCCAGAACAGAUUUUUUUACAAGGUGGGUAAAAGGAAGGGUCCAGCCACCAAACAGAUGAGUUUUAACACUCCAAAUUGUUCUUAGAAACUGAAGGUUGGGAAAUGCGUUGACUUUAUUUCUAAUGGAAUUUCUUCCCUUCUGUGCUGCUUUGCCACAGCAGAUCUAGCUCAGAAAUCUAGGAGAUGCACCUAAUGCUGCUUCAGUGAUUUUGUGCCAUGCUGCAGCCCUGCUGAGGAAGACACAGGAAGGCACAGAUGCCAUUCUAACCACAGGCUUUGAGGGGCUUGAGAACCUCCACAGCCUUGAAUCUGCGAGUGAUCAGAGGUGCUGGGAUUGGCACAGGCCAGAGCACGCUCAGGGAGCAGCAGGAUGUGCAGAGAUGGGGUGGCAGCAUUCCCAUCUGUCUGGACACACAGUAGAUUGGGAAGCUGGAGGCUCAGCAGACAGUGUGUGUGUGUGUGUGUGUGUGUGUGUGUGUGUGUUAAAACUUGUGAAGCAGGGUGAGUGAGCCCAUGAAUCAGCAGGGAACAGGAGAAACGGAUGCAUUUCCCAUUACACUAACAUAUGCCUGUCAGGUUGUAUCAUCUGACUGGUUCUGAUAGAUCUGUUUCUGUCCUACUGAGUGUUAGAGUUGGUUCCAGUAAAUACUAAUGCAGUUUGAUUAGAGUCUCUGUAAGGUAAUUUUGACACUUUAUCCUCAACAUUGGCAGAACUUGCUUCAGCUUUGGAAGUCGAGAUGAGGAUUUUUCUUUGCCACAGUCCUGUCAAUCUGUGUAUCUUCAUUCCUGAUUGCUUUCUCUGCCAACCCAAAUAGCAGCGUACCUGGGGGUUGAGUUUAGACCUCUGUUUGUGUAAGUUUUCAUAACCAUCCCUGUCUGUUUUUUUCUCUUGGUUGCCAAUUACCUGGAGCUGGGAUGUCAUUUAUUUAUUUCCUCCUUUACCCUCUCAAAGAAAACAAUGGGCAGGUUCUCAGCCUACCUACACGGUGGACAGUAGGUAACAUCUCUGUAACAACCAAGGUUGAUCUAUGUGCUUGGCUAAAUGUCUGAUCUGCAAUACAUGUAAUAGUUUAAAAUUCAAUAAAUACAUUUUUAACAG